CAUGAUUUCUUUUGCUACCUUGUAGUUCAAAGAUAAUAAUUAUGGUGCUGAACAUGUAAAGGUUUACUACCUCUGUUCAAGUUUUAAUUACCAAAUCUUUUACUGCUGCUGUUAUUCGUUAGUCAGUGAAAGAUGGCUACAGUCAAUGAUUCAUUUCCUGGGAAUAAUCCAGGCCCACUAGACUGUAACAUGACACUUAAUCUGGAUUAUGAUACUGGGCUGGCUGCAUUAUGUGUGACGCUUGGAUUAUUCGGCCUACUAUAUACUUUUGUUGGUUAUCGUUGCUUCAAAGCGGUUAUGUUUCUAAGUGGAUUAAUAUUUGGUGGAACAGUCGUUUUCGUUUUGUGCCAAGAAGAACGAAUAUUGCAACAUACACUUUCGUUUGGUGCUAUUGUUGGUAUUUCUGUUGGCAUUGGUGUAUUGUGUGGUUUUAUAACAAUGCUUGUUAGAUAUGCUGGCUUAUUUUUACAAGGAUUCUUUUUAGGCCUGCUUGUGGCCAUUGGUGCAAUCAUAGCUUUACAAAAGUUUUACCAUCCUUCUACACCAUGGAUUCCCGUUGGAAUUUUGUUUGGAACUGGAAUUAUUUUUGCUCUGUUGACAUUAAAAUGGCAGAAACAGUUUAUUUUACUCAGUACUGCUGUUAUGGGUGCUGCACUUAUUUGUGUUUGUCUCGAGUAUUUUAUGGAAAAGUUUUUAUUAUUAAGAUAUAUAUGGGAAGCAUUAAUGGCUUCAUCGUCUACAGAUGUCUGCUGGUAUUCAUGGGUUAUUUUAGGAAUUUGGCCAAUUCUUGCAUUACUCGGUGCUGUUAUUCAAUGGAAAUUUACUGGGAAAGGAUAUGAUCACACAGACGUUAUAAUUUUGAGAGGACAAAGAAAGAGAGUUCGAACACAUUUGGUACGACAGCGUCGACGCAAUCAUUCACCUACUGAUACACUUACCUCUGUUGCUUCUGAGCCGCCGAGAUCAAGACCAAACAGUGCAAGAGCAGUAUCCCGUGAUAGAGAUCCUCAACAACAGGUUUCAAGACAUUCAAGUCAGCAAGAGAGAGGACGAGCAAGAGGUGCACAGCGUCAACAAGCUGCGGGUGCUGCUACCAACUUCGAUACUUUACCUCCGAGUUACGAUGAUGUGCAGCGCGGAGCAGGGAAGCCUGUUUCUGAAAAUGAACAAAGCCGUAUUGUAAGAACUAAACAUGGGUCUUUCAUUGCCCCCGCUGGGCAACGGCGCGCUAAUAUUCCAAACACAACGAACACAAAUGAAAACGUUGGAAAUAGACCAGCUAAUCCCCUCCGAGACCAAAUUAUUCGUAAUGCGGAAGCAGGUGUUGGAUAUACUGAUUCCUCCGAUCCAGGACCUUCUAAUCCUCCUAGAAACUCCGAACGUGGUCGUAAUAACACUCCGAGGUCUAGCAGUGCUGGAAGGAAUCAAGAACGCCCUCGACAACAAAAUAAUCAAAGUCCUAAUCGUUCACGACAAAACUCUAGUCGAGGACGUGGCGGUGCACAGCGUAGUUCAUCGAGAGGUUCUCGCUCAUCCCCAGCUCAAUCAAGAUCACGACGAGGGAACGGAGCGAGAGGUGGUUCAUCUCGGGGUCGAAGUUCAAAUUCAGGUUCAUUAGAUGAUAGACAAUCUUUACUUACAUCAGAAACGACACCGAAUGCUGGUGCGGUUUCCUCGCGCGGCAGACGACCUCGUGCAAAUGAAGCCAUGGCUGCUCAUGCAAGAAGGGUUCAAGCUGCUCAAGAAAGACGAAGACAAAAUACGUGAUACGGUUCUUCAGAUUUAAUUUUAUCAAACAGAAUGCAAUUGUGAUCACACUAGAUACUACCAAUACGAAUAGAUUGUUGGCUAACUAGCUAAUCAAAAUGAUUUUGAGAAAAAAUUGUAGAUUUUUGCGAGUUUGAAAAGUUGAGCCGAAAACCUAAUUUCUAUGUAUUUGUUUCCUUAUACUUGAUUUUUUGUCAUUUUUCAAACUGUACUCUGUUACACAUAGCGAACAUCUUCAGGAACAAUGUUCUGAAAUUCUACAAUUCAUUUCUACACACUCUGACUGAUACACAGUCAAAUUCUAAAUUUGAAUUCGAGACAUUUACUUUAUUUCCAUUUGAAAUUUAACAAAAAGUCAAAAAU